AUUAUUAAAUAGAUAUGUCUAGAACAAACAAAUAGGUUGAGUAGUAGCCAGCACCAAACAAAAAGGUCUAAGCACCUGCCAAGCCUUAAAAGCCAAAGGAGAAUUAUUUGACUCCAGAGGAAAUCAACGAUUUGAGGGUAAGAGUGUUAUAACCAUAAAAAAGGAAACAUUUGAUUUGUUUGAUGAUGAUAAGAGUGGCACAAUUGAUGCACACGAAAUUAAAAAGGUGCUUGAAGAUUUAGGCGUUGAUGCUAGAAACAAGUUUGUGUAUCAAAUGGUUUAGGAUUUGGAAAAGUAUUCAUUCACAUUUUAAUGUUAGUUUUGGAGGCUCAAUUGAUUUUGAUACUUUUGUUAAUAUUAUAUCAGACAGAUUGGGAAAUAAUAAAACAAAAGAAGGUGCAUUCAAAUUGUUCCAAAUUUACGAUCCUGAAGAUACUGGGUUUAUAUAUGAAGAUAUUUUAGAUUCAUUGAUUUCACAAACCUUAAACGUGUGGCAAAGGAAUUGGGUGAAACUCUAAAUGAUGAUGAAUUGCAUGAAAUGAUCCAUCACAUUCACAUUCUUAGAAAAACAGAGAGCCCAGAAUAAAUCUCAUUUGAUGAGUUUUACGAAAUCAUUACCGCUCCAAGAAGAUAUUGAGAAAAUAAAAUUACAUAUAUUAAAUCAUCAUUAGGCAUAUUAUAU